UUACAUAUGUCCAUGUAGAUACAUACAUUCAGUCAGUCUGCACAGCGGGUUGAAUGCGCAUUCACAUAGAGAUUUCGGAAUUAGUUAGGCUACGUAUACUGUCAGUUGGCUGGGGUUCGGGUGCGUUUUGCCUCAAAAGAGCGAUGGCUUUCCAAGGGAAUUCAUAGGAUCACCAGUUUUAGCGGGAACUGUUCAUAAUAUGAUGGCAAAUAAAGGAAUUCAAAAUCUAUGUAUUUAAUCUGAAGUAUACUACCACAUACAUAUGUACAUGCAUAAGAACGCGAAAAAAAUAUGUAUGUAAUGUUGGCUAAUGGCAACAGAAACGAUCGUUAAGUCCCCGAAAACCCGAAAAUUUACCAAAGGCUAUUGCCAUAACGAUGACAGCUUUAUUUCCGACGCAGAAUUUGGAAAUGACGGCAAUGGAUUCAGCGUAGUGAGUUCCUCAACAACACUAGCACUAGCUUCGCUAUCAAUGUCGCCCCACAUCAGAUAAUUCAUUGUCAUCUACGGCAACUUCGACGAGCUCUGAGCUGAAACUAACAUCUCCGUUGAAGAUUAUUCAUCAGCAUUUUUCUUAGAAUUGGAAUCGUAUACUCAGAUUCAGCUCAGUUCCUCAGAUAUUAUUAUAAAAAUGUCUAGUCAUGAGUCUAUAAGUGUAAAAGGAUCUGCCUCUAUCUCAACUGUCUCACUCAUUACAACUAAAAUGAUCAACGACAUCAACAUGACAGAUACCAUUCAUAAAAUCAAUCAUCAAUCUAAUCCUAGUCAAAUGAUUGAGCAGCAUCAAAGCAAAGUGCAUCAAAUACCUCUAUCCGAAGAUCCACGCACCUUGCAGUUGGCAUUGGAAUUGUCGUUGGCUGGGUUGAGUGAGAACCAAAACUGUUAUACAUCACAGCAUCCUCUGCCACUGCCAAUGCAAAGUGAUUAUGAGUUAAGUUCUAUUAAUGUAGUAUCUGCCGCUUUCGCCAGGACUGACAUGGCCAUGAAAAAUCAUCCCCUGCCAUUAUUAAACACAGCUGGAAAUAGCUCUGGAACUGAAAAUGGAAUUGGUCACACAUCUGGAUCAGCAUCUGGUCUUUUGAUGCCUUCACUUGGCUUAGAAGAUCGCUCAAAGAAGUCUCAAAAUAUGACCGAGUGUGUUCCCGUUCCCAGCUCAGAACACGUUGCCGAAAUAGUAGGCCGCCAAGGAUGCAAAAUUAAAGCUCUGAGGGCAAAAACAAAUACGUACAUCAAAACACCUGUACGCGGAGAGGAACCUGUAUUUGUGGUAACCGGUCGUAAGGAGGAUGUGAAUAAAGCCAAGAAAGAAAUUUUGUCUGCCGCCGAUCAUUUUAGCUUGAUUCGAGCAUCACGAAAACCCUCAAUGGAAGGCUUUAAUACUGGUGCUAAUGCUGCUAAUGGACUCAGCUCUGGCUGCGGCGUCGGGGGCUUGGAGCUAACAACUGGUUCACGCAUACAAUCAGGCCCGCCUUCUCUACCUGGCCAGAUAACAAUACAGGUGCGUGUCCCUUACCGGGUAGUGGGUCUGGUGGUAGGGCCUAAGGGUGCCACAAUUAAGCAUAUACAGCAGGAAACUCAAACUUACAUAGUUACGCCAUCUCGCGAAAAGGAGCCCAUUUUUGAGGUGACUGGUCUAUCGGAUAACGUUGAGACAGCUCGCAAGCAAAUCGAAGCACAUAUUGCCUUGAGAACAGGCAACAAUAGCAGUACUAACAAUGUGCAGGGCAUAGAAAAUUGUACUGAAUCAUUGGAGUCUAAUGAGUUUACACAUUGCACACUACAAACAUUAUCCCAGAUACUCAGCGAUGAUAGCAUUAAUAUUAAUUCGCACAUGUCAUCUUCUAUCUAUAAAUGCGAAAUGACACCAGGGUUGAAAUUCUCAGACAAUAUAAUUGAUAACGUGACUGCGUCCAGUGCAAGCAAAACUCAUUGCAAUCAUUCGGGUAUAUCUUCUGUACCAGUGUCAGUAUCUGUUUCAAACUGUUUGUCUAACUCUAAUCAAGUUGACAUUGAACAGACAACGACAGCUGGUGUCACAGAUAAGAAUUUUUCAAUAUCUCCAGCACUUAACGAGACAAUAUGUGUGGCAGCGGGAUCGGUACCUUUACCAGUAUCGUUACCAGUUCCCUUGCCACAGAGCAAAGUAGCCAGUAUGUAUCGUAACAACGUGAGCAAUGUAAUGGGAAUAGGAGACACGUCUGUGUCUAAUAAAAGCCAACCAUUUUGCUCUCCCACAUCCGCAUCUGGGCAUGGUAGCAUAGGAGUUGCGAAUAUAUUGACACGUUCGUGCUCAUCGGCCUCCUCCACGGCAUCCACCAAAAGCACAAACAAUAGCGCGAAUAGUACAAAUAGCAGCAACACGCCUCCAGAGUUGUUAACUAUAUGGAAAAAUUUAAAUGAAUCCAUUGAUGUUGAUGAGGGAAUUGGAGAUUCACCUAGUAUCUGGAAUUUACCCACAACGGCAACUAUAAUGCCACAAUCCCAUUGCUCACCCACCUUCUCAAUUAGUCCGACAGAUUCGCUCUUGAGGGAGCAUAGCCUGAAAAAUAACAAGGACAUUCGUCCUAUAACCUUUGGGACUGUCAUUUCCUCUAGCAUUGGCACAUGCUCUACAAAUGGCUCAAGCUCAGGUCCAAAUACUUCUCGAGAAUGCUAUGUUUGCAAUAAUAAAGAAGUUACCACCGCCCUGGUUCCCUGUGGCCAUAACAUGUUUUGUAUGGACUGCGCUAAUCAGAUAUGCGUCUCCAUGGAAUCCAUUUGUCCAGUCUGUCAAUCUAUUGUAUAUCAAGCCAUGCGAAUUCUGCCCUAAGAAAUUUAUUACUCAUAUGUUUUCGCAUCCAAAUAUUAGAGCUAUGUAUGUUUGCGACCCGAUUCCCUUAAUAAUUUAAAAUAUGGAAUGAAGACAACAUAUGGGAUACAUAUGUAUGCUUGGAUGUAUUUCCAAAUUUAGAUGGUCUGACUACCGUAUACAGUUAGCUACUCAAGAUUGUGCUUAUUUAGUUAGUUAAUACGCAAAUAAUGUAUGUAUGUUUCAGGUAUUACGGUUUUUACUGUCCCACUACUCUCUACUAGUACAUUCUUCUGUAAUAAAGUUUAGUGAGAAUCUAAACAGAUUAAAUGCACAGUACUGCACAAAACCCAAAAGAUAAAUUACAUAAAAAUAAAAUCUAGAACGAGUCUUGCAUUUAGACCGAUAGUUGCAUUUAAGUAUCGAUAGUCUCUAAAUAAUAUAAGAAAGGUAUGAAAAAAACUGCAUGCCAUAAAUAAUUUUUCAAACAUACACAUGCGAAAAUUUUUAAUUUUAUGUG